GCAGCGGAAGGACUGGAAAGCUGCCCGUUAUGUACACCAAACACGACACGGUAUCUAGAUCUACUUAACGUUAACACGAUCAGGACAGAUCAUUUUUUCUUUCGAUUAGUCUACCAAGAAACUUGUUACGUAAUAAAAAUAAUCUUGGCUGUACGAGUCCGACACCGACUGUAGGUAGUGUCAUGACCAUUUUUCACUCUGAUACCCCGCCCUGCAUGUAUGCAAGACCAUAAAAAAAAUGGAAAAAUUGACAAACCAGAUGUGGUCCUGCCGUAACUCGAUCGCUGGGCGUGGCACCG